CAUGGAGGCGGCGGUGUUCAUUCUGUCUCUGAUCGACUGCUGUGCUUUGAUUUUCCUCUCGGUGUAUUUCAUCAUCACUCUCUCGGAUCUAGAAUGCGACUACAUUAAUGCUCGAGCGUGCUGCUCAAAGUUAAACAAAUGGGUUGUGCCGGAGCUGGUGGGUCAGGCGGUGGCUACGCUACUCAUGCUGGUCUCCAUGCACUGGUUCGUCUUCCUCCUCAACCUGCCUGUGGCCUCCUGGAAUGUUUACAGGUUCCUGAAUGUGCCCAUGGGAAACAUGGGGGUGUUUGACCCCACAGAGAUCCACAAUCGGGGGCAGCUCAAGUCCCACAUGAAGGAGGCCAUGAUCAAGCUGGGCUUCCACCUGCUCUGCUUCUUCAUCUACCUGUACAGCAUGAUUCUGGCACUGAUCAAUGACUGACAAGCCGCUGCCCUUCGCGCCCGAACUGCCAAACCAAGAACCAUCUUCUCUCUGCUGCAACAAACUCGGCCCCUCAUCGUCGCCAUGUGCACCUGACCUGCGUCACCAGUCUUGUCUGUCAGGUGCCAAAUCACUCCUCGUUCUCUGCGGAUCUCAGGACAGGAAGGAGAGUGGAAACAAGACCAUCUCCUGGCCACAGAGGCCCUCAGCCCCCGGUUCAUUGUUCUUCUGUGGGUGUUUGUGAGUAUGCAUGGGUGUAUGACGUUAAAGCUGCGGGUGUGAGUGCAUGUAUGUGUAAUACUACAGCUGGGUGUGUGUGUUUGUGUGA